AUGGUGAAGUUCUCCAAGCAGUUCGAGGGGCAGCUCGUCCCCGAGUGGAAGCAUGCCUUCGUGGACUAUUGCCUGCUCAAAAAGGAUCUGAAGAGGAUGCAGCAGCAGCACGCCCGGCUGUUGCUUGGCGGGCAUCAUGCUGCCGACCGUUGCGAAGCAGGCCUAACCGACACACAAGAAACAGCCGGUCAUCACGCGGAACGGGCCUCUCUCUCCCUGUCCCAGUGGCUCUUGGACAGGCUCCCUGCUGCUCUCUUCGGCGGCUCCAAUGCUCCCAACAAGGAUCAUGGGGUCAUACACGUGCACCGGCGGAAGCUGGCGGGGUCGGCGAGCAGCGGCGGCGACGAGUACGAGACGGAGCUGCUGGAGCCGCCGUUGGCGGACGCCGACGCGGCCGCGGCGCGGGAGUUCUUCGCGCGGCUGGACGCGCAGCUCAACAAGGUGAACCAGUUCUACAAGGGCAGGGAGCAGGAGUUCCUGGAGCGGGGCCGGUCCCUGCGGCGGCAGAUGGACAUACUCGCCGACCUCAGGGCGGCCAGGGAGGACCCCUCCGCCGCCUCCGCCGCCUCCGAGGAUGAGUUCACGAGGUAUGCGAUGACGUCAGCAUCAGACACGGACCAGCUCCAGCUGACCGAGCAAGAAGAAACCACAGCGACCAUGAGCAAUGAUCCCGGCGUCGUCACUGCUCAAGAGGACCAGCAGCAGCAGGAUCUAGAAGGCUCUGGAACCUUGGUGGGGAGGCCGUUGAGCGGGUGCGGGAGGAAGAGCCUGAAGAUCACCAUCCCCCUGACCACCCCCUCCAGGACGAUCUCCGCGCUGACGGACAUCUUAAGGGACGAGCUCGCCAGCAGCCAGUUCUCCAAGAAAUGCGACCCCGACGGGGGCGUCGGGAAACAGAGCAUCAACAAAACCAAGCUCCGGCACGCGGAGAAUAUGAUCAAGCGCGCCUUCGUCGAGCUCUACAAGGGCCUGGGCUACCUCGCCACCUACCGGAACCUGAACAUGAUGGCAUUUGUCAAGAUUUUGAAGAAGUUCGAGAAGAUUACUGGGAAACAGGUCCUGUCCAUAUAUCUCAAGGUGGUCGAGAGCUCCUACUUCAACAGCUCCGAUCAGGCGCUGAAGCUGAUGGACGAGGUCGAGGACAUCUUCGUCCGGCACUUCGCCGGCGACAACCGGCGCAAGGCCAUAAAGUACCUCAGGCCCGCGCAGCGCAGGGACUCGCACGCCGCCACCUUCUUCACUGGGCUCACGGCCGGCUGCUUCGCCGCGCUGUUCGUGGGCUACUGCGUCAUGGCGCACAUGGCGGGGAUGUACUACUACUCCACCCCGGCGCCACCGCCACCCCGCGCACGCGGUGUUGUCGCCGGCGGCGGUACCGGCUUUGGCGACUCGGUGUCGGUGUACAUGGAGACCGCGUACCCGGUGCUGAGCAUGUUCGCGCUGCUGUUCCUUCACCUGCUCCUCUACGGGUGCAACAUGGUGGCGUGGCGCAGGUGCCGCGUCAACUACUGCUUCAUCUUCGAGUCGUCGCCGCGGCCCGCCGGCGGCGGGGAGCUCGGGCCCCGGGACGUGUUCCUCGUCUGCGCCGCGUCCAUGGCCGCCGUCGCCGGCGUCAUGUUCGCGCACCUCGCCCUCGUGCUCAGGUGGGGCUACCACGCGUCGCCGCACGUCCAGGCCAUCCCCGGAUUCUUGCUCCUGGUGUUUCUGCUCCUGCUGCUGUGCCCGAUCAACGUCGUGUACCGGUCCAGUCGGUUUCAGUUCCUCAGGAUACUGAGGAACAUUGUGUUGUCACCGCUCUACAAGGUUGUAAUGGUAGACUUCUUCAUGGCCGAUCAGCUUUGCAGCCAGGUGCCUAUGCUACGAAGCCUGGAGUACUUGGUGUGCUAUUACAUCAGUGGGAGCUACUGGACGCAGGAGUACGGCUACUGCACCAACACCAAGCACAUCAGAGACCUGGCCUACGCCGUCUCCUUCCUGCCUUACUAUUGGAGAGCCAUGCAGUGCGCAAGGCGGUGGUUCGACGAGGGGGACACGAGCCACCUGGUGAACCUGGGCAAGUACGUCUCCGCCAUGCUCGCCGCCGGCGCCAAGGUGGCGUACGAGAAGGACAAGAGCCUGGCGUCGCUGUCGCUCCUCGUCGCCGUGUCGAGCGGCGCCACGGUGUACCAGCUGUACUGGGACUUCGUCAAGGACUGGGGUCUGCUCCAGCCCAACUCCAAGAACCCCUGGCUCAGGAACGACCUCAUCCUCAAGAGGAAAUCCAUAUACUACUUGUCAAUGGGACUGAACCUUGUGCUGAGGCUUGCUUGGCUGCAGACCGUCAUCCAUCCAAAUUUUGGUAGUUUGGAUUCUAGGGUCACUUCCUUCUUUCUAGCGGCUCUCGAGAGACUGAACCAGAUACUGAAAAUUUCAGGCUGGAGAAUGAGCAUCUGA